CACCCCGGGGGAACCAGUCUGACAGGGUUGCCACGUUGGACAGGCUAGCCGCCUGCCCACAGACCCAGCAGCAGAAGCUCGACACCGACGACAAACUCGGUGAAACGCGGAUCUGUGUACUGCUAGGAUGGCGUCGACCGGCCCUUAAUUGAUCAGGAUCGAUUCAUUGAAACGCCUGCGCGUGGCGGACUGCGACCUGUCUGCGUUGCCAGGGUAACUGGAUGGAGAGGCGGUGGGAUGAGUUAAAGAAGGCACCAAGAGACGAGGCAGUGAGCAGUAUAAAUCAACUUGAAGAGCCACCUGAUCGCGCCUUCUGGCUCCUGACCUGGAGGGAAAGCUGUCCAUCGUGGCGAAGCUGGUGCGCUGUAGCACUAGUAUGUGUGAUGUGGUCUUUCUGCCAGGUGGAGGCGCCAUUGCACCCUUCUCUCGGACUGGCCGAAGUGGCGUGGAGGAUACUGUGCUCCGGAUGCCUUUUAGCAGGCCUGGGAGCUUGUGCCAUGCUCUUGAAGAAGAGCCUGGGGCGCAGUGGAAAGGCGAUGGGGCUUUGCUCAGAAUCGGUGGCAGAUCAGAAAAACACACAUUUUUCGUGGGUCUCGAAGGAGCCGUCCCUACCAGGCGGAGGAGUCUCCCUGGCCCGGGCCCUUACAGACAGCCUGCUGCUCUGUGUUCUCCAGGAGUCCCUCUCCCACCCCACCCUGCCCCACGUAGAGGCUCUCCUGGCCAGGCUCAAGAGGGUGUCCCGGACCCUUCAGGGGGCUGAAGGUCUCUUAGAGGCCGGGUCCGACUGUGAGGCCCUCGCGCUGGUAGAGAGAGUGAAGGCCCUCAACACAUACCUGCAACAGAGGACAAGGACGCUUGGCGGUCUGGUACGGGCGCAGGGGGAGUUUGAGGCGGACGUGGAGGGCCUGCUGGGGGGUCUGGAGCUCCUCUGGACCCAGCUGGAGGAGCUCCACACCAGGGUCACGCUCACCAAGGACUGGAGCCAGGGCCAGGGGGAUCUGGCCAGCACCAAGGCUGAGGCAGAGUUUGUGUCCAGGAUGGUGGGUCAGUACCGGACCAGACUUCAGCUCUGUCAGAACCACCAGAGGGAAACCACUGAGUUGCUGCAGGAGCUGACCUGGACUCACAUAACCAUGAGCGCUCACGUUAGCGACAGCUGCAGCAACGAGUCAGUCUGGACGGAGCUGUUACUACAGUCCAACAUCGAGCAGUUUGACAAGGUCCAGGAGAACUUCCUGUCUGUGGACCAGCAAACCUCUACCUUCCAGGCCCACCUGGACGGGCUGGAACGGGGGGCUCCUGACGGACAAGCCACUGGCCCCCCAACCUGUUCCACCUCCUCCUCCUCCUCCUCCUCCUCCAGUGCUGCCGGUCGGAUUGGCCCCCGCCACGCUGAGCCCGCCCCUGCCUCCGACACUGUCUCCUCAUUGGACGAAUCCAACCAGGCUUUCCCCUCCUUGGGCGAGGACGUCGCCCAAACCCUCUGCGAGAGGUCGGCCCUUCAGUUCUCCUCCGCCUUUGGACGCCUUCGGAAAUCUGGAAAGAAGAAAUGAUUCUUAUUUAGUGUUAUUUAAAAAUGUUGCACUACGGCUUGCGUCAGAGUUACUUAUAUGCGUGUAGCAUUUUCAAGUGUUGAUCAUUUGACUUUUGCUGUUUACUUGUAUUGCGUGUAUUUAUUUGUAACUUUUCAAAGUUUUAUUUUAAUACAUGAUUG